GUUCCGGAACAGCCGCUUUAUGAUUGGUGGUUUGGUUGGCUGUCAGUCUGUGCCCCGGGCCAAGCAAAGAAGAUGGCGGCGAUGACGGACCAGGCGCCGCGUUAAGGCCCGCCACCCGCCGAGGCCGUGUGGCUGUUGGGGUGGUCGCCAGGACCCUGGCAUUCCCAGCGUGGAUGGAUCACAGGGAAUCGCCCAGUCAUCAAGAGGGUCGGGGCUGAAUGCUGUAAGGAAAGGGGGAAUAGACCCCGCAGAUUAACAAUGGCCCUAGUUACCGUGAAGGAACUGCUGAGCUUUGAUUGUGGCUCCCUGGUCGCUUAUCAAUUAGAUAAAAACUCUCAGCUGGACUCUAUCAGCUUCCAGACCGUCCUCAUGAGGAACAUAUUUGUGCAUUUUCCUGAUGUCAUAUUCAUCCACAGAACCCACAAUCCGCGGGGCAAAGCUCUGUAUAUGUUCAUGGUGGACAGACCUUUCCUGAAGCUGCAGGGUGAGAUGACAAAGGUAAUUCAUUUUGCUGUCCCAGUUAAAGAAUCUGCAGAAAGCCUGGCUCACAUGUAUAGGACUUUCAAGGCCUUCAACCCUGAGUGGAAGAAAAUUAAGACCUUUCUGGUAGAUCCACACUUUCGAUUGUUGCAGACGCUUUCUGAAGCAUUCCCAUCUGCAGAGGUGCAGCUAUCUGUUUUCCAUGUAUGCAAGCACCUGCAGCAGAAGAUUCAUCAGAUGUCUUUGGAAUGCAUCUCAGAGAGACUGAUCUUAAAUGCCUUGAGGAACACUAUGUGUGCAGCCACUGAAAGCAACCUGAAAAUGAUGCAUACCAUCCUGAGUGACUUUGUAAAGCCAGAUUUGCUUCCCCAGCUUCAUACCCACUGGCUUCUCAAUGACAAGAUAUGGGCUAUGCACAGAUGGAGGAAUUGGAUGGAAUGCAAUCAGUAUUUUAAAGACUUGGAGAUCAUCACACGGGGCUUAAGCCAGGUCUUCUGCACUGGACUGUCUCUGGAGAUCUGCAUCACUUCUCUGGCGAAACACUACCAGAAGUGUGUUUCAAAGAGGCCACCUGAUGCUGUGCUGUUCUCUGUUAACCCUCUGAGCAGUACCAUGUCUACUGAGACAGUUUUUCAGAGCCUGCCAGCUCAGGACUCGCCACCAACCUCUCACAACACCCAAAUAGCUCUUCAGAAUCAACCAGCUCAGAGUUCUCCACCAGUUUCUCCCAGUCUCACAGCAGCUCAUCAGAAAUGGCCAGGUCAGAAUUCCCCUCCAAAUCCCCUGGUUCUUCUUCCGCAUCCCCUGACAGCUCCUCCGAGCCCCCUGCUUCUUCAGAAUCAGCUGGCAGCCCCUCAGAUCUUCCCUUUUCAGAACGAGCCAGCUCCGUAUUCUUUGCCAGUUUCUCUCAAUCUCACAGCAGCUCAUCAGAAAUGGCCAGGUCAGAAUUCCCUUCCAAAUCCCCUGGUUCUUCAGAAUCCCUUGCCUGCCUCGCAGAACCAGCUAGCAAACCCUCAGAGCCCCUUGGAUCCUUUAUCCCAUGAAAUUAAACUGGAGAUCAUCACUGAAGACCCAAAGGGUGACCAAGGUGUGGCGUGUAACCAAGAGACUGAAGACUGCAUCAGGCAGUCACUGAGAGACAUUUGCACAGAGCCUGCAGCCAGACUAUGCUUGAACGAGUUUGCAGUGGCACAAAAGUCUGUGCAGCUCAUAGGCACCAAUGAAGACAUAGUCAAUAUACAGAUCCUUGAAGACAUCCACAAAGUGAACCAAAGGAGCCUGAAAAGCUGCACUUGCCACUUCAAUCAAACUUUCCAGCUGCCCUGCAGGCACAUCCUGGCUGUGUUGAACUCUGAUAAGAAGAUCUUACAGCCAGAGAUGCUGAGCGAGCAAUGGCAGAAGGAACCUAAUAUCUCUCAGGCAGGGCAAAAUGGGACUGAUGGCCUUUUGGAGGUUCUGAAAAGCUCCUGGAAUGAGUCUCUGGAUAAAUCCUUAGCAGUGUCCUUUCUUACAGCGGAGAUUAGCCGGCUUCUUACCCAGUGCAGCAGGGAGGAGUUUGAUCGGAGGUACAACACCCUCCGAGAAUUGGCCGAUAGCUGGAUUGGACCUUAUGUUCAGGUGAAGCUGUAGUUCAGAACUGGAGAGCUCUGUGCCUCUGCUGUAGGCCUCUUCGAGGUGUGACUCUCCAGCUUUCUGGGCCUCUAGGAGAAGUGAGGUGUGAAAUACUACAAAAAUGUCUGUUAAAAUGUAAUCUAGUGGUAUGUCUUCCACUUUAUUCUCCUUAGAAACUAAUAAAUGUGAGCCUUAAAUUUG